GUCUGCUCUGUUUUCCUUCUCCUCUGCAGCCGGACAUCACCAGCCAUUUCCAGCGUCUUCAUCCGAAAAAUUGGUAAGAAAACUUGAUGAUUUUUGUUCUCCUCUUGCCCAAGAACAAGUCUAGGACUUAGAAUCUCUCUCUCUUGUAGAAAAGCCGCCGGAUCUGCUCUGUUUCCUCCUCCCUCUGCCGCCGGCUGUGGUUGGGUAUAAGCUCCGGAUUUUCCUGGUAAAACCAACCCAGAAACUCCUCUUUUCAGCCUUGAUUUAUGUUGGGUCACUAUAAUCUUGUUGUUCUUUCAAUUGCUAGUGGCCCGUGAAAGUCCCCCAAUUUUUCCCACCAGCUCCAGCCUUGCUUGCUGAGCAUUUCUGGUAGUGAGACCCGAUGCGUGGGAAGCCUGGGGGAGUGACGAGCUAGAUGGCUAGGCACUUUUGGACUUAGGUUUUUGUAGCUAAGCCGUUAGUCACCCAUGCUUGACAUAUUCCGAGCCUUGUGCAUUUGUGGGACCCUCUCACAAGUGCAUGGCGUCUGCCACGUUCCCGGAUCUGGGUUCUGGGGCGUGACAGAUCCUCUCUACAGAUCACUCUUGAAGGAAUCAACACACCCCCAAGAUCACUCACUAAUAGCACAAGAAGAGGAUUACAAACAAAGAUCUCUCAAAGAUCAAAAACUCAAGUUAAAGCUCAAAGUCGGCUAUCCGAGUUUGCAGGCCAUUCUGUUUUCCUCAAGAGUCGGCUGCAAGACUUUGAGCCGACUUUGGAAUUCCGAUUUUAAAUACAUUCAAAAGAGUCGACCGUUGUGCAUUAAAUGCAUCCUUACAAUCGGCUGCAAAGUUGGAGCCGGCUUUGCGUCUUUUCUUCGCGUGCGCCAAACAACGGUCUUCAAAUUUUUGCUUGUUGAGCUGGCUGCAGCUUCUAGAGUUGGCUCUCUGCACUUCCAUUUCACCAGAGCCGGUUGCAGCUUUCAAGAGCCAGCUCUCUGCACAUUUUGAAUCCUUUUGGUCUAUUUUUAGUGCAAUCCAAGUUUACUUGCAAUCUUUUAGUAACUUAACUACACACUUAAAUAAACCAAUUAGUCACUC